AUGCCUAUACCACCCAAUCCAGACAUCAUUGCAUAUCCUGUGACAGACCCAACAUUGAUUGUGUCAGUUUCUGAGACACCUCUCGACUUUGAGGUGGGCUUAGAUGCACCACUGGAUCUCUACGUGGAGACAUUGAGCAUCGAUCUCACUGGCGAAGAUGGGACCAAGGAUGAGAUGAACGGAUACCGGGGCGGCACCAUCGAGUUAUAUGUGGAGCAUAUUGGUGCUAAGGAUGUCGACUCUCUUUUAUUAAAAGGUAAUAUGACGUUUCCAGCGAUUUGCGGGGGGGAUGGACUGAGUCAUGAUAGCGCCUUUGGAGCAGACACGGACACUGGUGGAGAAAAUGAUGGAGAUGGCGGAGAUGGCGGAGAAGGUGGGACUGUGUCAGUUCUGUUUGGCAGUAUCGUCGGUGAAGCCUAUCGUAAGGCCAUUCAGGUCAUUACCGACCUGUCUGUUUCGAGCAAAAAGUUUCCUUCUGACUUCCAGAGCAUCACAAAUGAGUUGGUAGAAGCUUGUGGCACGAAGGAAAUGAAAAGGGCCUUCGACCUGUCCGAAAAUUUUGCGAAAAUGCAAAAUGACCUUAAAAGCAGUGAUAGGGAUGACUUCCGAGAUGACGUCAUUGGCAUCUUAAAGAACUUUUCGAUAAUCGAUGAUGAUAAAGUCACUGGAGGUCAUGGUGGUAAAGCGAGAUCAGGAGGUAUGAACGGUAAGCCAGGUAAGGAUGGAACCUGGUCAGUCAAGUCCAUCUUGAACUCAGAAGCCAUCUGGGAUUGCUACAUAUGCUUCGUACACCCUCUACAAUGUCGUAUGCUGCUUGACAAAGCCAGAUUAUACUAUUACGUCGACGGGGAUGAAAAUCGAGCGAAAUGCAUGAUCAUUUUGUGGCGUCUGCGAGAUAGGUUGCUAUUUUUAGAUCACAGACCAAAAGAUGUUGGUAAUGAGCCGAAAUUGAUCACUGCAUAUAAGAAGGCUGAGCUUCGUAUAUUCAUACCAAGAGCAGAGGAAGGCGCAGAGCUGGCUUCUAUUUCGGAUCUUCAAGCUAUCAAAGAUGAAGUCAAUGGAGUACUGACACAGCUCAACUCUGGAAAAGACUACUAUGGAUACGAUGAGUAUGAAGCCCCUCCGAGACGGUACGAAGCCUACAGGAGCAUUAUAUUCGACAGUUUAGAAUCUCUAAAAGAAGCCGAGACGUACUAUACCGAAUACGUGAACCAUUCGAAGAAAGAAGAAGAGAGGACAUCGUACCUGAGCAGAGCUAAAGCUGCGUGCGACACAACUAAGGCCAGCAACAACAGGUUGAUUAAACUUGCAAAAGAAGAGAUGAAGGGCAGAAUGGUCCAGAUUAAAAGCUUUACAAAUCCAAUGAAGAAGAUGAGUGGAGAUCUGACGACCGAAGUCGGUUACAUCAAAAGCGAUAUUAAAGGUCACAGUGGUGUUCUCUUUUCCGAUUUGCUCCAGGCCCUUGGACAAGUCUUCAUGGUGCAGACCAUGCCCAUGGCAGUCUUGCAGGGAGUUGGCCUACUGAAUGAGAGCCAAUCAAAAAUACCGGAUGAGAUGGGUGUAGAGUAUGAUAAAACUUGGUUGUUAGAUAAUGUGUCAAAUAUCUCGGGAGAGCUUGAUAGCAUUUAUGAAGGUUAUGUUAUCAGCAAAGUAGGGAAGAUAGACCUACUUGAUCCAGGAGCAGCGAAGCUACAGAUUACAGCAAAUAAAUUGGUCACUCUGUUGAGUAACUAUAACAAUAUUCUGAAAGACCAGACCGCGGAAUUGAAGAAGAUACUCCAGGAUUAUGUGGAUCUAGUUCUGAAAAGGAAUGCGGCCGUUGUCCGAUAUAACAGCUGUCUAGCUGUGAUAGUAAAAUGCUAUACGGAGAAUCUAGCCCAGAAUAAAGUGAUCGAAAACCUUGCCAAUGUUGAAAGGCAGACGGUUUUGACGAUGGAUAGUCCGACAAUGACCGUUGCUAUGAAGAAAAUCUAUGUAGCAGAGCUGCAGAAGAUACAAGGUUGGCUGUACAAAGCCCAAAGAGCAUACAAUUUCGAGGCAUUGAAUUCAACAAAUGUCCUUGGGCAAUUCUUUUGCUCUGUUGACAUGUCUCAAUACACAUACGGCCUUGUCAAGGCGGCUCAUCAAUCCUUGUUCCAAGCCUACAACGAAUAUUUGGAUGAAUAUACCGGCUCCAGGCAGCCAUUUUUCUCGCUACAAUAUAUCCUCGGUGAAGAUGACGUGCGUAGCAUCAAGUUUGAUUCUCAAGAUAGCGCACUGUUGCAUCUGAGAAUUGCCCCACCUGACCCGGAGGACACCAAUUCUCCAUUUUCAAAUAUGGUCGACAUCCGAUUGACGAGAGUCCGUUUGUUUCUACCCAAUGUUACUACUGAUGAUGGCAAGCUUCAAGUUUCCCUAACUCAUCUGGGAGACGAAACAUUGGUAGAUACGAAGAACACUCAGAUCACUUUUUCCCACAAGACAUAUCCUGUGAAUUUUAUUUACGACAUUGCAACAAGCAAGCCCACAAUAGACGGGGUUGUCGGCAAUGUAGAUGAUCCAAAAUGGUAUGCUCUCCCAGGACCUUUCGCGACAUGGGAAAUCAACAUUCCUAAAAAUUGCAAUCCGGGCUUGGUACUUACGGAGAUUGAGAAGCCGUAUCUAGAGUUUGAUGGAGUCUAUCGACCAAUAACGCCAACAGAGUAG